UGUGCAUGUGUGUGUUUCAGGUAUGGACUCUCCAGACAGAAGUCGAAGUCCGUCUCCAGCAAAGAAAGAGCACAGUGAGGAUGAGUCCAGUCCAGCAGCAGGGAAGCCCCAGGAGUCCAGCCCCGGCGAGAGAAGCCCCAAAGAACAUCCGUCCCCUCAGGCCAGUAGUAGAGACAGUUCCCCGUCCGGGAGCCGAGCGUCCAGCAGCUCAGACGGCAGCAGCAGCAGCGAUGAAGAUGAUGUACAUCAAGGCGCAAUGAGGAAGAUUAGGAGCAGUGUGGCUCAGAUCAAGAGAUCCGAAUCCGUAGAGAAGGACCGAUCCAAAUCCAGAGACAAGGACGGAUCUGAAUCAAGAGAGAGGGACAGAUCCAGAUCCAGAUCCAGAGGAAGAGACCGGUCCGCAUCCAGAGACAGAGACAGGUCCAGAUCUAGGGAGAGAUCCAGAUCCAGGGGAAGAGACAGAUCCAGAUCUAGAGAGAGGUCCCGAUCCAGGGGACGGGAAAGGUCCAGGUCAAGGGGACGGGAUCGAUCCAGAUCCAGAGACCGCUACGACAGAAGACGCUACGGCCGCGAUCGUUACGAUGAUCGCCGCGACGACAGGAACGGUCGCUUUGACCGGCGAGGAAAUCGGGACGCUGAGUUUGAUCACAGGAGGCGGGGCCGCUCCGCCUCUCCUCCGGCUGACAGGGACGCGGCCGCAGCCGACGAGCCGCCGGUGAAGAAGAAGAAGGAGGAGCUGGAUCCGAUCCUGACGAGGACCGGAGGCGCUUACAUACCUCCCGCCAAGCUACGCAUGAUGCAGCAGCAGAUCACUGACAAGAGCAGCCUGGCGUAUCAGAGGAUGAGCUGGGAGGCUCUGAAGAAGUCCAUCAACGGUCUCAUCAACAAAGUCAACGUGUCCAACAUUGUCAACAUCAUCCAGGAGCUGCUGCAGGAGAACAUAGUCAGGGGGAGAGGUCUGCUGGCUCGCUCUGUGCUGCAGGCUCAGGCAGCGUCGCCCAUCUUCACUCACGUCUACGCUGCUGUCGUCGCCAUCAUCAACUCAAAGUUCCCUCAGAUUGGAGAGCUGAUCCUCAAACGCCUCAUCCUGGCCUUCAGGAGAAGCUACCGCCGCAACCUCAAGCAACAGUGCCUGACAGCCUCCAAGUUUGUGGCUCAUCUCAUCAACCAGAACGUGGCCCAUGAGGUUUUGUGUCUGGAGAUGCUCACGCUGCUGCUGGAGCGUCCGACUGACGACAGCGUGGAGGUCGCCAUCUCCUUCCUGAAGGAGUGCGGACUGAAGCUGACCGAGGUCUCGCCCCGAGGAAUCAACGCCAUAUUUGAACGUCUCAGGAACGUCCUUCACGAGUCGGCCAUCGAUAAGAGGGUCCAGUACAUGAUCGAGGUGAUGUUCGCCAUCCGGAAGGACGGCUUCAAAGACCACCCUGUGAUCCCAGACGGCCUGGACCUGGUGGACGAGGACGACCAGUUCACACACAUGCUGCCGCUCGAUGACGAGUACAACACCGACGAUAUUCUGAAUGUCUUUAAGAUGGACCCAGACUUCCUGGAGAACGAAGAGAAGUACAAAACCAUUAAGAGAGACAUCCUGGACGAGGGCAGCAGCGACUCAGGGGAGGAGGGAGACGGCAGCGACGAGGAGGACGAGGACGAAGAAGAGAACGAGGAGGGGGGAGAAGAUGAGAAAGUCACCAUCUUCGAUAAGACAGAAGUCAACCUGGUUGCUUUCAGACGAACCAUCUACCUCGCCAUCCAGUCCAGCUUGGAUUUUGAGGAGUGCGCCCACAAACUGAUCAAGAUGGACUUUCCUGACAGCCAGACGAAGGAGUUGUGUAACAUGAUCCUGGACUGCUGCGCUCAACAGAGGACCUACGAGAAGUUCUUCGGUUUGCUGGCCGGGAGGUUCUGUCUGCUGAAGAAGGAGUACAUGGAGAGUUUUGAAGCGAUAUUCGCGGAGCAGUACGAAACGAUCCACCGACUCGAGACCAACAAACUGAGGAACGUGGCCCGACUGUUCGCACACCUGCUCUACACCGACUCUGUUCCCUGGAGCGUGUUGGAGUGUGUCAGGAUGAGUGAAGAAACAACAACGUCGUCCAGCAGAAUCUUUGUGAAGAUCCUUUUCCAGGAGCUCUGUGCCUACAUGGGCCUCCCGAAGCUCAACCAGAGGCUGAAAGACAUGACCCUGCAGCCGUUCUUUGAAGGUCUCUUCCCUCGCGAUAACCCCAGAAACACUCGCUUCGCCAUCAACUUCUUCACCUCCAUCGGACUGGGUGGACUCACGGAUGAGUUGAGGGAACAUUUGAAGAACGCACCAAAGAUGAUCAUGACCCAGAACCAGGAAGUUGAAUCUUCCGACUCCUCCUCGUCAUCGUCCUCCUCCUCCUCGUCAGACUCCUCCUCCUCAGACUCCUCCAGCGAAUCAGACUCAGACUCCUCGGACUCUGACUCCUCCUCCAGCAGCAGCAGCAGCUCAGACUCUGACGCCAAACACAGGAAGAAGAAGAAGAGGAAAGAACUGAGUGAGGAGAAGAAGAAGAAGAAAGAGAAGGACAAGAAACGGAAGGAGAAACCCGACAAGAAACGAUCCAGGCGCAAGGACGAGGACGACAAAGACGAGGACGACGACAACGACGCGAACCACAAGUCGUCUUCACGCAGGGACAAGGCGGAGCGCGCACGUGAGGGUGCACGUGAGGCGCCGCGAGGGAGACGGAGGAAGACAGAGACGGCGGACGAGGAGAGGGAGAGAGGAGACGGAGGACAGAGAGAGGAGAGAGGGAGAGGAGGGAAGAGAAGGAGGGGGGAGAGAGAGAGAGAAAGGGAAAGAGAGAGGGGGGAGCGAGACAGAGACAGGGACAGAGACAGGGGGAGGGAGAACGAGGACAAGAGAGAGAGGGAGAAGCAGAGGGAGAGAGAGAGGGAUGGAGAGAGGAAUAAAGAGAACAGAGACAGGAACAGAGAGAGGGAGGAGAGGAGGAGGAGAUAAAACGCCGGACGGACUGAGAGACGAGUGAAUUCAUUCAUCCCUCUUUACUUGACUCAGUGCUUGGGACCCUCUUUCUAUCUCUUUCUAUUUUCUAUUGUUUAUUUUUGUUGUCAAUGAAAUGAGAAAAAAAAAAUCAUUAAAGUUGUUUUAGAUGUUUUCUUA